CUCAGCCACCGUCCCACGAGUUUACCAUGUUUGGUUUCAUUCAUUCUUAAUUUCUUACAAAUAUUUGGAAUUUUGCGGUCAAAUUUAUCAUUUUCAUUCUCAUAACAAAACACACUGAUUUACAAUGGCAUCAUCUUCUUCUUCAACCACAUUCUGCAACCUCAAGUUCCACCCCAAAACACCAAUCAAUAGUAAGAAACCUUUUUCUCUUCCUCGUAUUCUUCACAUGAAGCUCCAAGAGGAAGACAACAACAACCCUACCCAUCAAAUCAACCGAAGACAACUCAUUUUGAGAAGCAGCGAAUUGGCAACCAUUGGUGCCAUCUUCAAUUUAAGUGGGAAAAAGCCUGAAUAUCUUGGAGUUCAGAAAAGUUCAUCAGCAUUGGCUCUAUGUCCAGCAACUAAGAAUUGUGUGUCAACCUCUGAGAAUAUCAGUGAUCUCAUCCAUUAUGCUCCUCCUUGGAACUAUAACCCUGAAAGCAGGAAAAGUCCUGUGAGCAGAGAGGAGGCAAUGGAGGAACUAAUAGAAGUGAUAGAAUCAACAAGACCGGACAAAUUUACACCAAGAAUAGUCGAAAGGAAAGAAGACUAUGUUCGAGUGGAGUAUCAAAGCUCAAUCUUAGGGUUUGUAGACGACGUUGAGUUUUGGUUUCCACCGGGCAAACGUUCGAUUGUGGAGUAUCGAUCUGCAUCAAGAUUGGGAAACUUUGAUUUUGAUGUUAAUAGAAAAAGAAUCAAGGUACUGAGACAAGAGUUGGAGAAGAAAGGAUGGGCAUCUCAAGAUACUAUAUGAGAAAACCUAUGCAAGAUUCAUGUGCAUUUAAUCAAUUAUAACCAAUUGAAAUAUUGUUGCUAAUGUUUUGUAAACUGCAAUAUUUUUUUAUUAAACUACAAAGCUUACACAAUCAAUGUAAUAAAAUGUCAGAUUAUUAGAA